UAUUUUUUUAGAGGUUUAUGAAAAUUCUUUAAUAUAAAAAAAAAAGAAGGUAUUUCGCUUUCUGCGGAAAAUGUCAUCGGAUUCCUCAACUAGUGGUGGCGAUCCCUCUUCCAACACCACAACUACCAUCACCUCCGUCUCGCCCGAAAAGUCAUCGCCGUCUCCCUUGUCACCACCAGUUCAAAUCCCUAUUUCGUGGCCUCCCAAUGCUAGCCUGAGCUUAAAUUGGAUCCAAGAUCUCAUAUCCGCCUUCGACUGGUCGUCUAGGAAUCUAUCACCCUUUGAUUUCCAUUCUGUCUUGCCCGUUCAAGUUUUUGAUGCUCUCAUUCUCACUGCCUCCAAGCUUCUUCACAAGGAGCCCAAUUGUGUUACGCUUGAGGAUUUUUCUCCCGAUUCCAGCGUUGUCGUCGUAGGAGACGUUCACGGUCAACUUCAUGACUUGAUCUUUCUUUUCAAAAAUGCUGGCUUUCCUGAUGAUAAUCGAUUCUUUGUUUUCAACGGGGACUAUGUAGACAGGGGAGCUUGGGGACUUGAGACGUUUCUGCUUUUGUUAGCUUGGAAGGUUUUCUUGCCGCAUAGAGUAUAUCUCCUUCGUGGUAAUCAUGAGUCCAAAUACUGCACAUCUGUUUAUGGCUUUGAGAAGGAAGUUUUAGCAAAGUACGGUGACAUGGGUAAGCAUGUAUAUCAUAAGUGCUUGGGAUGCUUUGAAGGACUUCCUCUGACCUCUAUCAUAGCUCAACGUGUUUAUACUGCACAUGGAGGUCUCUUCCGCAGCAUUCCUGUCACCCCAUUGAAAAGAGCUAAGGGAAAAAAGAACCGUAGAAUAAGUUUGAACUCGGAUACCAACUCCUUCUCUCUUGGUUCUUUGGAGGAAUUAUCCAAAGCUCGAAGAACAGUUCUUGAUCCUCCAUGGGAAGGGUCGAACUUGAUUCCAGGUGACGUUCUUUGGUCGGACCCAUCGAUGAAACCUGGUCUUUCUCCAAAUAAAGAGAGAGGCAUUGGCCUAUUAUGGGGACCUGAUUGCACAGAGGAAUUCUUGAAGAAGUUCCAAUUGAAGCUAAUCAUUAGAUCACAUGAAGGCCCAGAUGCUAGAGAAAAGAGGCCUGGUCUUGCAGGAAUGGAUGAAGGGUACACCAUAGAUCAUGUUGUAGAUUCAGGAAAACUGAUUACCUUGUUUAGUGCCCCAGACUAUCCACAAUUUCAGGCAGGGAAGGAAAGGUACAGGAACAAAGGUGCAUAUAUAGUUCUAAGAUCGCCUAAUUUUGAUGAACCAGAGUUCCAUGGGUUUGAGGCUGUUGCACCAAGGCCACAGGUGAAUCCAUAUUACGACUUUGAAGAUGUCAUUGACUCUGAUGAAGAGCUGGACUUGGCAUCAAUGGCGACUGCGGAAUGAAGGUCAUGAUUUGUUUUGACGUAUAAUUUGUCACUUUUUUAGAUGCACAUUUAUUCUCCAUGGAACUUACAAUAAGAGGGUAAUUAUUUUCUUGCA